ACAUCCAGAGCACCGCUUUCUGAUGUCUCUCAGCUGCUCCGACAGACCGCGCGCGCGCGCGUGUUUUACUCUGAUCUAUACUGCGCGUAUCUAACUAGUACGGUCAGGUUCGGUGGCGUUUUUUUUACCUGUAAGCUCCACGAGACUGUACGCUAUUCAAUACUCAACGUUCCUGAUCCUCGAUAUACAAGUUUGAUUUCGCGAUUCGUCUCGGUCUUCCUCGUGCUCAAGGAACUGCAUUCGCUAGUGCAUUUGCUGCAAUAAUGCACCGCACCAAGAACAGUUCUCAUCCGAAGCAGAAAUGCGAGCGAUUUACGGCUCGGCAAUAAUAAAUACUCGGCGUCUAUUAAUUGUGUUCUACUGCUGAAAUAGCAAACGAUGGACAUGCCAGUGCAAUAAAUUCACGACGAUUCAAUCUUCGUAGUGCUAGCGCGUAUUGUCGACGUCAUGACGCGUCUACGUGGUCGAGCCUCACUGAUGAUUAUCGUGACGAUCAGCUUCAUCCUACUGAUUGUUAUAUACCACAUACUGAGUAACGAGAUUGACGAGAUAUCAUCGAGCAAGGUUGUCGCUCGACUGAAAGCAGAGGAUGUGUAUUCUCCAGACGGCGCUCCACUGUUCAAGGGCCACAAGAUUGUCCAUCUAGAUCUGAAAGGUGCUCCACCUAGGAUAAGCUAUUACAGCUACUUGUUUCCUCUGCUCAAAAAGCUAGGGGCCACUGGUAUACUCGUAGAAUAUGAAGACAUGUUCCCCUUUGCGGAUAGUAUCGAGGACAUCCGCGCUGGCAACUCUUAUUCCAGGAAAGAUAUUGUACAAAUUCAAAAUAUAGCCAAGAAUAAUCAGCUAAUUGUUAUACCACUGAUACAAACCUUCGGUCACAUGGAAUUUGUUCUCAAGUUGGACAAAUACAAAGAUUUUAGGGAAGUUCCACGUUAUCCACAAGUCUUAUGCCCCACAUAUAAUAAAACGCUUCCAUUAAUAUAUCAAAUGAUAGACCAAGUUGUGUCUGCACAUCCAAUGUCAAAAUAUUUGCACAUAGGUGCGGAUGAGGUAUAUCAAAUAGGAGAAUGCUCAAGAUGCUUGGAUAUUAUGGCUAAAAAACAAUGGGGCAAGAGGCAAUUGUUCCUGGAUCACGUCUCCACAGUGGUCAAAUAUAUUAAAGAGAGAUAUCCAGAACUGACGGUACUUAUGUGGGACGAUGAGUUCCGUGAUAUAACUCCGCAAGAAAUCAUUGAUAGAGGCUUGCACUCGUUGAUAGAACCAGUGAUUUGGAAGUACACUAUUGACCCUGGUACGACGUUGACAGAUCAGCUGUGGGAAAGUUACAGUGCAGUAUGGAAACAAGUCUGGGUUGCAACAGCAUUCAAAGGAGCUACUUCACCAGACAGAUAUUACACGGACAUUUCAUAUCACAUGGAGAAUCAUCAGCGUUGGCUGGAAAUUGUUCAGAGAUAUUCGAGUCAAAUUACAUUUAAAGGCAUCAUGUUAACGGGAUGGCAGAGAUACGAUCACUUCAGUGUACUUUGCGAAUUAUUACCGGUGGGAUUGCCAUCUCUCGCCAUCAAUUUAGCUAUACUGCAAGCGUCAAAUCUAAAUGGCUUCCCAAUAGAAUUGCCCGGUCAUAUAUCUGAAAUUUUACAAUGCGAUGGUAUCAUUUCGUUAAGCAUACCAGAACCGCAGUACGGCUGGACCAAGUGCAGCUUCCACGGAAUGUCGGUAUACGCAGCUAUUUUACGCCUUUAUUCUUUGACACAGGAAAUAAUAAAAAUGGAGCAGGAUAAUACUUACAAGGGGUGGCUAAAGCCGUACAAUAUUAAGCACUUAUUUGCGAGUCCUAGUUAUGUCGAACGUGCAGUCACCGAUUUAGACAGGUAUAAAAUGGAAAUAAUGUAUAUCGAGAAAGAAAUGCGUACAGCCAUGGAAGAUAUCUAUGACACUUAUACGAUAGAAGAAUGGCUUGAAACGUAUGUUGCACCUUUAAAUGAGAAACUCAAUCAAUUGUGGGAAGCUAAAGAAAAACUUUUAGAGAAAAAUACAUGGUCAAGGAGACCUCUCACAAAAUCUGAUUUAUAGUGAGCAACGGUAUUUUCCUCAAACAGAUAGGCAAAAAUAUUUCAUUAUCAUAUUCUUGGUGGUAUAACAAGAGACUGAGAAUUUUAAAUAAUUCAAGGAUAUUAGAAAUUUUUUAGCCAUUUUUCGAAAAUGGCGUGGAUAAUAAGUGAAAUGUAAAAGUUUUGAACUCGUAAUUUUACAUCUUGGACAAUCGUUGUACAGAAUAUGUGAUAACUCGUAAAUUCAUAAGGGAGUAAUCAAAUAAUACUGACUGCACCGUCCGUAAAUUAGUAAAUAUGGUUUUUCUUGAUGGAUAUAAUUGUAUUUAGUGAAAAUAAUAAGAAAUUCCUCGAUUGUUUAGAUCACCAGUGUUUAGUUAUUAUUUUGGAAAAAGUAUUUAUCAUAAUAGAUGAUAAUUCUUCUUUUGUACCGAGAAGUCUUAAAUACAAAACUGACCUAGAUCAUUUACAUUUGCAAUGUAGACGGUGUAAAGAUAGAUAGUAAUUUAUUAAUAAAGAUAUUGAACGAGAGAGCAAUAUAAUUUUUCAGUAUUUUUUAGAAGAAAUAAU